AUGGAUACUCUGAUAUUCCUCGAACGUGCCUCUCUUAAACGUGGUUCCUCACAUGCUGACUUACAAGAAAGCUACGCGAGGAAAAUCAAGUUGGAGUAUGGCUCUCCAGACCCUGCUCCAUCUCAAAAGCCCCCAUCGCGUGGUAUCCUUCAUGUAGUUUUACCGGAAGAAUGCAUCGGCCUUCAUCAGCAAAGCCCUGAAUAUCGAACAAUUGCGAACGCUGCCAUUCAGAGAUCUAUAGAGGAGCUAGCGAGCCAGGGCAGGAGAGUCGAUUUGGAGCAUGGAGUCAACAUGCGCUCAGACCCAAUUCAAAUCAAGUGGAUAUCGGAUCACUCCAUCAAGGACAAUUUUCUCGGGUUUGAAGAGAAGGGUAAAUUUGAGAUGGGGGUUGAAUGCCCAAACUUUGCCCGAAAAACAGUCUCAAGAUCGACAUCCUUCUCACUCGUGCGCAACUCUAAAUCGGAGCCAGAUUCGGACAUACUUGGUCUAGGUCUAUAUUACGGAACUGUGGACAGAGGCAGCCUUGUGCCUCGCAGCGAUGCUGACGAAGUCGACGAGCUUGCUGCUGAUGACGCAUCAUCUUCGCUCGUCCACAACCCUGACUCAGAGCAAGAUAUUGAUAUACCUGGUUUGGGUCUAUACUAUGGAACUGCGGACAGAGGCAGCCUUGCGCCUCGUAGCGAUGCUGACGAAGUCGACGAGCUUGCUGAUGAUGGCACACCCUCUUCACUCGUUCGCAACCCUAUUUUAGAGCGAGAUAUCGAUAUACCUGGUCUGGGUCUAGGCUCCGGUACCAUAAAUCGAGGCAGCAUCAUGUCUCGCAACGACCCAUUUACACUCAUAGCUCAGCUUGCUGAUGAUAAUGAGCUCACAAGCACUCCUGCAAAGAAACGAGCAGUGAAUGACAUCGACAUCCAAGCUUCGAACGUCGGUUUAGCCAUUCACGAUUCUGAUAGUGAACUGGGCGUACGCGCUACAUUCACUGAGGAGCAUGAAAUAUACACACCAUCCCCGUUUAGGACGGCUCAAGCACUCAUCGCUGAAAGCAACGAUGACUUAUAUUCAUCUAUAAACGAAGGAUUUGAAAAUCUCCACCAAGAACACAAUUUGGACAACUCCCCAGCCGAAGAGUCGGAUAGUUCAGUGGACGAAUCUGGGUCUGGCGGUUGGGAAGAUUUUGCCCAGCACGAACUGCAGGUUGUUUCGCAGGGAACCGCUAGUCGCCCAACAUCGAAUAGAUCAUCAACCGACAUUUCCACCAAGAAAACAAAACACAUAGCGAAACCUGGAAGUCAGGCGGAAAAGCCCUCACUAAUCCCAACUGUCCCUUCCAAGGAUCUCCAGGUUAUACCAAUACCUAGAGGAAGUUAUGCUCGCGCUAGACGCGUUAUCGUUCCUUCAAACUCCUCCGCACCCCUCAUGACGGUGAACCUUCGUUCAGAACUGCAAUUUAUCCAUCGACCGACCCCGACAAACCCUCACUACCAUAGAAUUUCUAAAUAUUCCUUGCCUGCUGAUUCUGAGGACAAUGACGGCCGUAAUGUGCAAGAUGUGACCAUCAUUGCGAACACUGCAAUUAUUGGAUACGGAUUCAAUGGGGACAAUCAUAGACCUUCCCAGAUAUCUCUGAUCCCUCCCAUAAGACCGGAAGGGACACGGCUGACGCGCCACCAGGACAGGCACCCCCGACGAGUUGAACUACCUGACCAGGCUCAUAGCAUGGUACAGGAGACGGUCACUGGCAUUGCUAAAAGAAAUCGAGGCAUCAGUGCUUUGGCUGCAAUUUCCGGCGAUGACUCAGAGUUCAUGUUUGCGUCAGGUGGAUAUGAUGGAUUCGUGUUCCUUUGGACCAUCCGCUCUCAAGGCGCCAAAUAUUACACGCGACGUAUCCACAAGCUAGAGCAGUUCGAGCAGUCUAGCAGCGUAAUCGCGCUGGCUUAUCGCUCGGCGGAUAACAGUCUCCUGUCUGCAGCUGGCCGGAAGCUGUCGACGUCCAAACACAUGUCCACUUACAGGUAUACCUCCACAAUGAUGUCAAACAACGUGCGUCAGAUUCACGCCUCGCUCGAAGAUCCAAACCUGGUGAUCCUCGAACAUGCUGAUACGUCCGCGUUCCAUAACUGCCAGGUUGAGCACAUCCAUCGCCAAAUCCAGAUAUUCGAUCUUCGCCAACACGGUUUCGAUCGAGAGCCUUGCAUGAGUUUCGGCCAUAGGUGUGAUAUCAAGAGUAACGGCGCUCUCGACAACCGGUAUUACCGUGGGAGUAGCUACCUUUGCUAUUUCGCACGAGGUUACCAGGAUGGAACAGUGAAGCUCUGGGACUUUCGAAACGCUGAAAGGCCUGUUUUGAAACUUUCAUGCGAAGUGCAGGACCCAAAGCCUGUCACACACGCUGCUUUCGCUGGAUCGGACGUUGUAGCCUACAUAAAAGUGCAUAAUGCGCGUUUCUUUCAUGUCUCCUUAUACAAGCCGCUACGUAGUCCAAUACCGCCAAUGGAGUUGUCAAAAGAGACCAUUGCAAUCGUUACCGGAGACAAGAGGCGAGUGCGCAUCAGAUUCGGUUCAGGAGUGAGAGCAUGCGUUAUAGCCUGGUUGCCUUCAGCUGCUCUUCGUCCAGCCUCCCAGCUCGAUGGCGAAAGCAACCGCAAGCUUGGAGAAUUGUAG